AUGCUAUCGGCAAAAGACGAACGGCCGUGGGUGGACGGAAACUCGGCAAUCGCGCGGACGUUGGAAAUGAUGGCCGACAAAGAAGGACAGGCGGCGAAGAGAAUGCGGGCGAUCGAGGAAGAAGCGGAGAAGAAGCGGCGAAGUACGAAUUCCCCGUUUUCCGUAUUCACAACCGUCCAAUUGCAGAACAACUCGAGUUCGGCGGCGACGACGUGACAGAAGUACGGCACGCGGAGUUCAAUCAGACGACGUUGCGACUCGUCAACGAAUUCAUCGAGCGUACAAGCCAGCCGGUGACGAUCGUCAAUCUGAACAGCUUCCUCGAGCUCUUCAGACAUCUCAAUCCCAUGGCCAACGUGCCCACCGUACCAGAAGUGGUCAGUUUUUGAAAAAAAUGCGUACUUUGAACCAUUUUUUGAUUUGUUAUAAUCUAAUCCAGUGACAUCUUCUGUGAUCGGGCUGAAACCAUUACAGAACAGAAAGUUGAAAAAAAAUCUUAAUAUGAAUUCAGAAACAAUACCAAGAAAAAAACGAGAAGAAGAGCGCCUGAACCCGACGCCGAUUUCGUGCAUAAUCUGCGAGACGGUCGGCACAGAAGAGGAGACCAUUUCGCUGGAGACCGACGACGCGGCCCUCUUCCUCACCGCCACCAUCAUUGGCGCCAAUCGAGACAGGAAGGAGGCGACGAGGAAGAUCCUGGGAGUGAGUCUCCGUGUCUGUACGUGGCACGUCAAACAAGUGGUAAUGAGAGCCGGUGAAGUUCAGCCCGCAAAUUCCCAUAUUUUGUAGUGCUCGAUGAUUAUCACUGGUCUCAAACUCGACGAAUCCACGAUGAUUACGGAGGAAAUUCCGAUGGAGAGAUUGGCCGAAUGGUGUAUGAUUUAUAAAAAGAUCAAGGUAAAGCUCUAUUAUUAUAAAUUCCCAAAACCCGAUUUUUCAGACUUUGAAAGAGCGCCACGAAGACGAGGAUUUCACUGUCAUUUCCUUCAAACAUUUUGUAGACGAAUUUCUGAACAAGUUCUUGCUCACGGAGAAAAACGAGAACUAUCACUGGCCAGUGUUGGACACUUCGUCGCCCGAUAAUUCAUUAGCCGGAGAGAUUGAAGAGCCGGUGCACUUGGCGGAACGAGAGCAUUCGGCGAGAGAAUCGGAGUCUCCGGCGCUGUCGGAAGACAUGUUUUCAGAGGAUCUGGGAUACGUUCCCAAGCCCGAAAGAGAGUCAGUUUCUCCUGAAUUCUUUCCGGAAGAUGCUCCAGAACCUUUACGAGAACCUUCUCCGGAACCACUGCCAAUUGCCGCUCCGGUUGCUCCGAAACCAACCAUUUACACGCUUCCGAACGGCAAGAAAGUGAUGAAGUUGUCCUCUGUCGUGCCGAAUGGACAAGUCGGAAGGAAACUGAUUCGCUACCGAGUGAAGAGAGUUGUUCCUCAUUCCUCCGAUCACCCGUCGACGUCGGAACUAGAACCGGCGAUGAAGAGGCCGAAGAUCGAGAGCGCCGACGAUUGGAUUAGCAGCUUUACUGAGAAAGAAGUGAAGCAAGAAGAAUCGAACUGA